GCAGGAUACUGGUGCGUCCUUCCGCACACCCUCAAUUUGACUGCAGUCAUCCCGAGAAGUGCGUUUCAGGUUAUUUACUGAUAUGCAGCAGUAUUUGUAGGACGGAUUACGACGAGCGACCCUUUUCCCAACCCGCGGUUCCGUAUUGACUGAGUACUAUGCAUUCAACUGUCUGAAAAACAUUGGACCUUGGCUAUCUGUAGCCUCUUUGCCAACAGCAACAAUGUAUCAUGUUAUAAAAGGACUUGUUCUAACAGAAUCCAGAUGCUGGGAUCCCGAUAGUGAAAGGUCAUACCAAGAAUUAUUCGAUCAACUGGACACCAACAAGGAUGGGAAGGUCGAUGUUGCUGAAUUGAGAGCGGGCCUAACCGCAAUGGGCAUGUCAUUCCGCAAAGGUGCAGCGCAGAAAAUUGUAUCGUCUGGUGACCACAACAAAGAUGGAGGGCUUGACUUCAAUGAGUUCAACAAAUAUCUGAAAGAACACGAGAAGAAACUGCGCCUGACGUUCAAGAGCUUGGACAAAAACAACGAUGGGCACAUCGAUGCCUCUGAAAUCAAGCAGUCCCUUGAAGAGCUGGGCAUGGACAUAACCAAGGAAGAGGCCCAGACCAUCCUACAAAGCAUGGACAUUGAUGGCACCAUGAUGGUGGACUGGAACGAGUGGAGGGAUCACUUCCUGUUCAAUCCUGCCCAUAACCUGAACGAGAUCAUACGCUACUGGAAACACUCCUCGGUGCUGGACAUAGGUGAGAGCAUUGCCAUCCCUGAUGAGUUCACAGAGGAGGAGAAGACCUCUGGUGGCUGGUGGAAACAGCUGGCUGCCGGGGCGAUGGCUGGGGCGGUCUCUCGCACAGGCACCGCCCCCCUGGACAGGAUGAAGGUCUUCAUGCAGGUCCACUCCUCCAAGUCCAACCGGGUCACCCUGCUGGGAGGAUUCAAGCAGAUGAUUAAGGAAGGGGGCGUGGCUUCAUUAUGGCGAGGGAACGGGGUCAACGUGUUAAAAAUAGCCCCUGAGACUGCUAUCAAAUUCAUGGCCUACGAACAGUAUAAGAAGCUGCUGACACCAGAGGGAGGGAAGGUCCAGACCCACCAGAGGUUCAUGGCUGGCUCUCUGGCAGGAGCCACCGCCCAGUCAUCCAUCUACCCCAUGGAGGUGAUGAAGACCAGACUGACUCUGGGGAAAACUGGCCAGUAUAAUGGAAUGUUUGACUGUGCCAAGAAGAUUCUGAGGAAAGAGGGCAUCAAAGCCUUCUAUAAAGGCUACACUCCCAACAUGAUAGGCAUCAUUCCCUAUGCUGGCAUCGACCUUGCUGUUUACGAGAGCCUGAAGAAUGCAUGGUUGUCCCGCUAUGCCAAAGACACAGCCAACCCUGGCAUCUUGGUGCUGUUGGGCUGUGGCACCAUCUCCAGCACCUGUGGCCAGCUGGCCAGCUACCCCCUCGCCCUGCUUCGCACACGCAUGCAGGCACAAGCAACUCUGGAAGUGUCGGACAAGUCCACCAUGACUGGACUGAUGAAGGGGAUCAUGGCUAACGAGGGUUUCUUUGGACUGUACCGGGGUAUCCUGCCCAACUUCAUGAAAGUGAUUCCUGCUGUGAGCAUCAGCUAUGUGGUCUACGAGUACAUGAAGACCGGCCUGGGGAUCUCCAAAUGAUGCAGGGACAGUCAGACAGGAUGUUAAGUCUUUAGGUCUUUUUGGACAGAUCAGUUGGAACUUAGUGAUCCGCACAGACUUUUAUGAUCUCACGUGGACAACCAAACGUUGCCAUCUUGUGAUCACUCUGUGUACUGGGCCUUACGAGGAGAACCAUGAAAUCAAGGUUGGGUCUGAGAUAGGCCAUAGCAGUAGACUCUCCAAAAAUGAUGCUCUCCUCUUUAACUCAAGGUGAAAUUCCAAUAUGGUGCAAUAUACCUGUUAAGAACUGCAUUAUGGAUCUUAAAACAUAGAGGACGAGGUAUCGAUGUCUUCAGGUGAACACUGUGAACAAGGUUCAAGAGCUUUGUCGAAACUAUUUUUGUUCCACUGUAAUAUUAGAUGCUCCAUGCGCACAUUUUAGAGAAUCCCACACUACUACAGUUUGCUAUAGAAUUCUGUGGUAAAUUGUAGUCUUCCACUGCCUGUACUCCGUGUCAUAUGCCUAAGAUAUAUUUAAAGAAUGAAGAAAGACCCCUCUCUUUGGCAUAUGACAUGGAGUACAGGUAGUGGAAUGUUAGCUAAAUUGACUGGUACCCAUCAUCAACGAUCACUCGGGGUUGAGUAUAAUUGUCCUCCUGGUGGGUCCUGCUUGUGGGUCUUCAGAUGGCUGAAGAGGCCGAUCCGGGAACGACAUAUUUUGAUGCGGUAUGGGCCAGGGUGAGUGGUGGUGGUGGGUGGGCGUUCUUGAUGGGAACUCUCUCCUUUUGAAAGUUGCCACUUGUCCUCUGCGGCACGGCAGAGAUUUUCUUUGUACCAUGCAACUUCGUCAUGGACAGCUUUUCUCCAUGUCGACCUGUCGAGGAGUGGAAUAUUAGCCAAAAAGGCUGGUACCCAGGCUAAGCAAACUGUAGAAUACUAUACUGCACACGGUAGAAUCCCUCGGUCAGGGGUAUUACUUAAUAUAUAAUUUGGUAGAAUACUAUACUACACAGUGUGGUAUUCCUCAUUCAUGUGUAGUACUUACUGUAGAAUUCUGUAGUGAACUGUAAAAUAUUUGAAUAUGCCCAGCCAAUUUCCCCCCCCCCAUUUUCCAAUUUGUGCCACCCGUGAGUGAGAAGCCUACAUGCCAGGUAUAGACCAUAUAUUGUGUUCCCUACAGGUUAUGGGAAAUGUGCUCUUAGUAUUUUUCCAGUAGGUUUCCUCAAGGAGAAAGCCCCCACUUCUAUAGCAAAGAUAAUAAAACAAAAGCACUAUAGUAAAUACUACAGUAAUGUCUAAAAAACACCACAGUAAAUACUAUAGUAUAUAUUCUACAAUUUUUUAACUAUAGUAAUAUUACAGUAUGCUAUAAUAAAUUGUAAAUACUAUAGUGUAUUAGUAAUAUAUGCAUAAAACACUAUAGUAAAUAGUACAGUAAUGUCCACAGAACACUGCAGUACAUACUAUAGUUUUUUUAAACUAUAGUAAUACUACAGUAUUUAUAAGUGUGCCUUACCCUGAGUUCAAUAUCAUAUGUUUCUAUCUUAUUUGGUUGGUUCUAUUUAGUUGUACAGGUUAGUGUCAUCUACCUUGUUGUUGACUGUUAAGCUGAAUCUCAAGCAAAAAUAUUCAUAGUUACAAAAGCUUGCAUGCAAAUAUUGUCUAUGAAUCAUUACUGGACCUGAGGGGGGAAGUCUUAAAAAAAUGCUGCCUCUUUUUUUGCUAAGCUUGACUGAAAUUCAAGUAGGUUGUGUACACUGUCAAUACUGGUUUUCAGAAUCACUUCAGGAUCCCCCCUACACACACACUCCAUAUGCAUGCAAUGCACCCACUAAAGACUUUUACUACUUGAGGCCAAUGGUUGUAAUGUUGCCUCAAUGUCUUAUGUCUUAAUUAUGUUUGAAUAUGUAAUAGGUCUACUAUGCCUUAAUCAAUUGACAUUGUGAGAGUUGUAUGAAUGUCCUGACAAAGCUUAGACUGAAAGUGUUAUGGGUCGAAACAAAUGUUUACAGAUGGUUGUCCAUAUAGAUAUUCACAAUGGAAUGUUUUCAAUUGAAUUUAAAUGAAUAGUGCACACCCAGUGCAAAGCCAACUCCAAAUUGUCAAUGAUGUGUGCAUGUCGCAUCUAGAGGUCUUGCAGUGCACGUUUGUGAAUGCUUAUUCCGCGAAUGAUUUAAUUGAUCUGUGUCAAUCAACUCUAGAUCAUCGUCAUCCCUGUGCGGACAUCCAAAAACCUAUCCAAUCAAUUUAUCGUGUACCUUUAAAAAUAUAUAUAUAUUUUUCAUAAUACAAAAACAACUUACAUCAAACAUGUCUAACAAAACAAAACACAGGUAUUAACAAGAAAAUACUCAAACAUACAAAAAAUAUCAAUAAAAUAAUAAAAACAACUAUUCUAGUGCAAUUGUAUUCACUCUGAGAAAAUGUCAUGAUUAAGGAAGAUGUUAUUCACUAGAGAUAAUGUCUUAACAAGAGAAUUCAAUCAAAUAUAUGUGUAAUUUUGGUAUAGAAUUCUGGAAUUUUUGUUUGUUUUAUAAAGUAAUUGGCAACAAGAAUUUUAAAAAAUGCAAUCAUUUCAAUGGUCUUGUUAUCAUUGCAAUAGUAACAUAUUAUAUCCUUCAUGUCAAAAACAUGGGCAGUGUUCAUAAUGGUAAAUAAGUAUUCUGCAAGGUUUUCACAGAAUUCGGACACACAUUUACAUUCAAAGAACGAGUCAGAUUCUCACCUUUUUUCCACAGAAAACGCAGAUAUCAUCAAUAGCCACAAAUUUGGACAACAGAAUUUACAUGGAUAUAUCUUACGUGGGGCGGCAGGGCAGCCUAGUGGUAAGAGCGUUGGACUAGUAACCGGAAGAUUGCAAGUUCAAACCCCCGAGCCGACAAGGUACAAAUCUGUCGUUCUGCCCCUUAACAGGCAGUUAACCCACUGUUCCUAGGCCGUUAUUCAAAAUAAGAAUUUGUUCUUAACUGACUUGCCUGUUUAAAUAAAGUUUAAUUUUUUUUUUUAAGUGCACUUCCUUACAUUUGUUUGGUAUACAAUAACCAAGCUUUUUCUAGACAAUGUCAGGAAUAAAUAAGCACGUUCCAUAAAGAUUUUCCUCUCGUUGUAA